AUGGAAAUUUCUUCAUUCCCUUUCGACGAUUUAUCUCAGUUUUACCCAACACCUUAUCCUAAAAUUGCAGCUAAUUCUCCCGUUGAUUCUUCUCCGUUGAAAAAACAGAGAUCUGAAAGCGAGAGUGUCGAUUUUUUCUUAAACAAUACGGAUACGGGUACGAUUAAGGAUAUCCUCGCCUCCUCGACUGAAGCAGCAGUAACAGGAGUAGUUGCUACUGCUGCUCAGCCGAAGCGAGGAUUGGAACGCUCUCACAAUGCGGGUCAAUCCUCGGCACCAGCACCAGGACCGGCGGUGAACCGAAGAAUGUGGGUGAAGGAUCGAUCGAAGGACUGGUGGGAUAAAUGUAGUCACCCGGAUUAUCCAGACGAGGAAUUCAAGAAGUCGUUUCGAAUGAGUAAGGCUACGUUCAACAUGUUAUGUGAAGAACUCGACCCUCUUAUUAACAAAAAAGAUACAAUGCUACGAGCUGCGAUCCCGGUUCGUCACCGGGUCGCGGUCUGUAUUUGGAGACUCGCAACAGGCGAACCGCUUCGAGAAGUAUCGAAGUGGUUCGGCCUGGGAAUAUCCACAUGCCACAAACUCGUACUCGAAGUUUGUACCGCCAUAAGAAAUACGCUAAUGGCGCGUUUUCUUCAAUGGCCUGACGACACUAAAUUGGACGCCAUCAAAGAGGAGUUCAAGUCAAAAACCGGAAUCUCGAAUGUGGGUGGUGCUAUCUACACCACCCACAUUCCGGUUAUAGCACCAAAGGCCAACGUUGGUGUGUACUUUAACAAGCGCCACACCGAACAUAACCAAAAGAUGAGUUACACCGUAACACUACAAGGAAUGGUGGAUCCUAGAGGGAUAUUCACCGAUGUUUGUAUCGGGUGGCCGGGGUCAUUCUCCGAUGAACACGUGCUAGAGAAAUCGGCCUUGUUCAAGCGGGCGAGUCGCGGCUUGAUGAAGGAUAUGUGGAUGGUGGGGAACUCAAGCUAUCCGUUAAUGGAUUGGAUGUUGGUACCGUAUAGUCACCAAAACUUAACUUGGGCACAACAUGCUUUUAACGAGAAAGUUGGGGAAAUUCAAAAAGUGGCAAAAAACUCAUUUUAUAGACUAAAGGAGAGGUGGGGUUGUUUGCAAAAAAGGACCGAAGUUAAGUUACAAGAGUUGCCUAUUGUACUAGGUGCUUGUUGUGUUCUUCAUAAUAUUUGUGAGAUGCGGAAGGAUGAGAUUGUGGAUGAUCCCGGGAACUCGUUCGAGCUUUUCGACGACGAGGUGUUGCCGGAGAAUGUUGCGAAGUCGUCUACGGCGGUCCAAGCUAGAGAUCAAAUUGCUCAUCAUUUGUUGCACCAUGGCCUUGGUGGCAACACUUUUCUAUAG